UCGCCACACUAUACUCAACAUGAGCUUCAGAUUCCUUGCCAGAUCCGCCAGACCUCUCUCGCAAGCCGUCGAGAGCAGAGUACCAUUUUCAUUCAGAGCUGUCCAACAAGGCCGCGCCCUCGCCGCCGUGAGAAGCUACUCGACCACUCCCGAGACUGGCGCCAAGGAGAACGAUGUUGCAGCUGAGAACGCAGACAAGGCUGCCGAAGCCACCAAGGAGGACCCUACUCUGAAGGAGCUCGAGGCCAAGAAGAAGGAGGUCGCCGACGUCACGAGCAAGAACAGCAGUGCUGAGAUACUUAAUUGCAGGNACAAGUGGAAGCGCCAGAUCGCCGAGUACCGCAACCUGCAAGAGCAGACCAAGCGCGAAGUCCGCGCAGCAAAGGACUUUGCCCUCCAGAGUUUCUCCAGAGAUCUUCUUGACAGCAUUGACAACCUCGACCGCGCCCUUUCGGUUGUGCCCAAGGAGAAGCUCGACGGCAGCAACAAGGACCUCUUGGACCUCCACUCUGGUCUCAAGAUGACCGAGACCAUCCUCAUGAACACACUCAAGAAGCACGGCCUCGAGAGAUUCGACCCCAGCGCCGAGAGCGACAAGUUCGACCCCAACAUGCACGAGGCCACUUUCCAGACACCUCAGCCCGACAAGCAGGACGGCACCGUCUUCUUCUGCCAGUCCAAGGGUUUCAAGCUCAACGGCAGAGUCAUCAGACCCGCGAAGGUCGGUGUCGUCAGAAAUUCA